CAUCAGUUCAGCUAACGAUUUCGUGCUCUUAACGGUCCUCACUUACUCGAGCUCACUCCUUACAGCCUCCUCUACAGGAUUCAGCGUCCAGUCGUCCUUCGUCCUUGUUUUUAGCUACGUGUUCGCGCCGUGUGUCCGUUUGCCGUUCGUGCUCGAUAAUUAAAAUGAAGUACUUCGUUGCCAUCGCUCUGCUGUUCGCCGCCGCUCAGGCUGUUCCCAUCGAGCUGGGCCACUACGCCCCUGCGCUGGUGCAUCAUGCGCCAGUCCUGUCGCACGCCGUCCAUGCCGUCCACGCCGAGCCGGUGGCCUAUCCCAAGUACUCCUUCAACUACGGCAUUAAGGAUCCCCACACCGGCGACAUCAAGUCGCAGGCCGAGGAGCGCGACGGCGAUGUGGUGAAGGGCCAGUACUCCCUGGUUGAGCCCGAUGGUUCGGUGCGCACCGUUGACUACACCGCCGACGACCACAAUGGCUUCAAUGCCGUCGUCCACAAGACCGCCCCCAGUAAGAUCAUCGCCCAUGCACCCGUGCUGCAUGCCGCCCCCGUUUUGGCCCACGCCCCCCUUCUGCAUCACUACUAAGAAGCGGGAGCCUGACUUAGUCACCAAGGUGCUCUCCCUCUCGCUCUCAUCCAUUCACACCAGAAUCUUCAUAGGAACAACAACAAACAGAAAAACAAACAAAAAAACACAAAAAAAAAAACAAACAAACAAACAACGAAAAUGAAAAUCUUUUGUAAGUAAGCGUAGCGUAGAGUUUAGUAGACACGGACCGCCUUAGGGGGCGUGUCCCGGCACCCGGCUGAUCCUGGCAUGGCACAAGGACGAAGGAUAUAAACCGAAUCGAAAACAAACUGAAAUUCAUAACGACUUGGCAUUCGGAAUGAUUUGAACGCGGAUGAUGAACGCGCAAAGGAUAACAACCGGUAUUGGAGUGACAAGUUUUUCACACGAAAUAUGUUAUUUGUUUGUAUAUGUAUGUACGUACGAUUAACCAGAACCGAUUUCACUGAAAAUCUUUUGCACACAAUGCCCCAAGAAAAUUGUACUUCAAGGAUGGCAAAGGCUUCUUUUAGGACUUCUCCUCACUCUGUACAUAGAACUUUAUUUAUACGCUUAGUUCUUUCAGUUUCCCAAGCUAAUCUUUUGUAAUAUAUUUAUGACUAUCUCUCUUCUGUGCUAUGCAUUUUCCAAUUCUAUAUCAUCUUCUUUAGAAGCCUUUGCGAUGACUGUCAAACUGUGGCCAGCUUCCUUUAACUGCCACGCCCCAUUGAGAGCCACGGUGGGCGUGCUAAAUUGUGUGCCAUUGCAGGAUUUGCUGACAGUUUGAUAGGAUCUCUAGCAGAACAGGUCCUUGGAGGGCAAAAGAUUGCCGGUAAUGGGCCGGUCAUUGUGCAUUAGUAGCUAGUACUCUAGAAAUCCCCGCUGUUAUCCUCGUGACCUCAUUCCGCCUCUUUCUUCCACUCUCACCCGUCUCACUCACUCAACGACUCACUAUCUCUUUCUCUCUCUCUUUAUAUCUCACUCUCACUCACUCACUCUCAGUCUGACACCUUUGUAUCUAGUUUCAUUUUUUGCAUUUAGUAUUUUUCACAUUUAUUGUGUAUUUAUAAUGAAUUAUGCAGCUUAAUUAUAAACAAACAAAGAAAAACAUACGAAAAAAAGCAACAAAAAAAACAAAAAUUGUACUCAAUUAGGAGGAUAAACGAAAGAUAAAAAACAAACUCUCACAUGUCUCUCACGUCUCAAAAGUUCAUUUGAGUCUUACAAUUAUGUACUAUAUAUUCCCCAUAAACAUUUGUAUGCAAAAACAGCAACAACAACAGCAGCAAACAGCAAACGAAAUGCGAAAACGUUAUUAUGGAAAUAGAAAG